GUUUCAACAUGAAAGCUAUUUUUAUCAAAAAUCGCAAUUCUACUGAAAAGUUUAGUCAUUCAGGAGACGAAGAUGUCUCUGAACACAAAUCAGAGGCUAUGAAACCUAAUAAUAAUGAUCAGAUUUACCAAGACUACUUGCAAAAAUUCCAAGAACAGACAGAAAUGAAUCUCUCCAAUGUCAGCAUUGAUCAGAUAAAGUUUCUGAUGCAAGAACAGCUCACGAAGAACAUGAAACUCUUGUCUAAGAUUAAAUAAACUUAACGAAAUCGAAAGGAAAAACAAGAUCGCAAAGGCUAAAUAAAAACUUUAUUCAUGAGAUUCAACAGGCUGCUAACCAGAGUUCACUGCAAUGAAGUCAGAUUCGGUCUUAUAAGGGUAAUAAAAGAGCGAGAGCUUAUGCAUUUUACUCUCGAAAUACUUCUUCUCCUCCUGACUCAGCUCUGAAUGUAAAUGGCCAUUCCUCACCAAAUGCGUGAUUACAGAGCUUGACUUCGAAGAUUGUUGGACCAAUGCUUGCAUCAAAGUAUAAGAUCCCGAAGAAAACUUUUCAAAAUGUUCAAAAGACGCAGUAUAAAAGCAGGCUUAACAAGGGAGAAAUGUAUAUCACUCAGCUUAUGCUGAGAGAUCAGCAAAUUCCUCAGAUUGAAAAUUUUGAGAGAAUCAAGAAAACUAAAGCAGAAGUUCUGGAAGAAGGAAAGUUCAAAUUCUUUGAAAAUCUUACGAAAAAGGCACUUGAAGCAUGCAAGAUUAAUAAGAGUGUUGAGAUGAGAACGGAUAAUCCCCAAAGAGUCCAAAACAAUCUGACGCUUGAUACUAUUAGCAGAAGUCACAAUUCAAAAGAGAAUAUUCUUCGGCAAAGUAAGAACUCUUGUGCACUUUCUGGCAAGAAGGAGAAGCAAUCAACGAGUCCUCUAUCGAUAAACAAAGAUUUUCACCAUUAUGAGUUCCAGAUAGGGAAGAAGACACCAAAUUUUAACAAAUUGCAGAAAAUAGCCUUGUCGAAUCACUUGAAAUCAACAAGAUUAAGGAGGCUAACCAAGAAGCAGAAGUCUUGUGGGCGAGGAAAUACGAAGACUCAGAAUUCAUUACUUGAUUACCAGAGGUUAUCCAAAAGGGCUCAUCAGGUACGGAGGGUAGGCAACCCUACUGCUACCGCCAUUGAUGAUAACGGGAGGAACUUAUUUCCUUCUUUGUAAUU